UUUUGCCGUCGAGCGUUGGCCAGCGUGGUGGAUAUUCCUCAUAUCCGCUUAUCGAAUCCACAGUAUCGUCAGCAUCGGAACGGUAUCGAAUCUUAGAGUUUCGACUGCCAUCCGAAAUAAAGAAUUAAUAAACAAAUCCAGUGUGCGUGCCAGUGUCUGUGUUCGUUGUCUCAAUGAAAUGCCAAACUAAAUAAGCUUGGAAAAGUUUUCCAUCCAGUUUUUAUGGCAGCCAGCGAAGCCCAAAAAAGUGUCAAUUGAAUUAGCGUCUCGGAGGCCAAAAAAAUAAAGAGCAAAGAGAGAUUGUCGAGGCGCAACAGGUGAUUGGAUCGCAGAUAUCAAAAUUUGCAGUGGUGUUGCCCACAAAAUAGAAAACCACCUGUGGCUCCUCCUUAAAACUUUUAAGGGCCACCCUUCAACGAUCUUCCCUUGGCUCCAGCUAAAUACAGUACGUUGACAGCAGAAAAACAAAUACAUCAACGGAAAGGAAAAAAGAAAGCAAAAACGAAAGCGAAGCGGAAAAAGGAGCAACCGUAGGGCGGCGGGCAUGGCGUAUACGCAAUGCGCAGCAUGUGCUAUUACUAUCGCUGCUACUGCCACGGCCACCUCGAGUCAAUUAAGGAAUUCACACGCCAGCGGACACUAUAAUUGAAACCCACACCUGUUUCACCCUGAAUUAGCUUGAUACUAGCCUUAAAUACUCGAUCGGGAAAGGGAAACCUAGGAGAACACCUUCCAAAAUGUCCGCCUUUCGGUAUUAUUCGAUCACGGACUUCUCCUUCGAAGGACCCCUGCUUCCGCUGCACGAGGCCACCACGAGUAAGGAUGCCAAGGACAGUCCCAGCUCGGAGCUAAACAUACCCUAUACCGUCUUCGAGGUCCUGGUUGCCAUCGUGAGCAUUAUCGGCAAUGUCCUGGUCAUUAUCGUCUUCCGCCGCGAACGAAAGCUGCGCCGCCGCACCAACUACUAUAUAGUAUCGCUGGCCAUGGCCGAUCUACUGGUGGGCAGCCUGGGCAUACCCUUCGCCAUCCUGGCCUCCAUAGGACUACCGCGCAAUCUUCACGCCUGCCUCUUCACCGUCUCGCUGCUGGUGGUCCUGUGCACCAUCUCCAUAUUCUGCCUGGUGGCCGUCUCCGUGGAUCGCUACUGGGCCAUCCUAUAUCCUAUGGCCUACUCACGGAACGUCCGCACCCGCACGGCGAUAUUCAUCAUAUCGAUGUGCUGGGUGGCCGGCACAAUAGUGGGCUUCCUGCCCCUCUUUGGCUGGCACGCGGACGUGCAGCACAACCAGGAGUGCCUCUUCGUUGAGGUAAUGGACUACAACUACCUCGUCUUCCUCUACUUUGCCACAAUUAUCACUCCGGCACUGCUGAUGCUGGCCUUCUACACGCACAUCUAUCGCGUCAUUAUUAAACAGGUCCGCCAGAUCGUAACGAUGAACCCCGCUUCGGAUCUCAGUCGUCGCUCCUCGGCGGCCGUGGUGCAAGUGACCACGCCAGGAAGAAGUGGACACACGGGAACGAUGUUGCGGGUUUUGGGGGCCGCCAGGAAGCGGGAUGUGAAGGCCACUCAGAACCUGUCCAUCAUAGUGCUGUUCUUUAUGAUCUGCUGGAUACCGCUGUAUACGAUCAACUGCAUCAAGGCCUUCUGUCCCGACUGCUAUGUGCAUCCCAAGCUCACCCUGUUCUGCAUCAUACUUUCGCAUCUGAACUCCGCGGUGAAUCCGGUGCUGUAUGCCUACCACCUGAAGGACUUUCGGGCUGCCCUGAAGAAUCUACUGCUGAAGAUGAUGGGCGUGGACAUCGAUCAGCAGGCGGAGGCCAUCCAUCGGUUCUCUGUGGCCAGUCAGCAUCGCCUGCAGUCCAUGGACUCCAAUAUGCGCUCCACGCAGCCGCGCCUCUAUGUGGGUGAGUAUUCACCCAUCUGGCUGAGGCAGCAGCAGGAGGCCCUGAAGAACUCCCAGCUUUUGCCCAAGUGCGGAGUGGUCUCGCCCUGUUUCAACAACAUCAACCAAACAGUGGCCGCCGUGGCCUCGGUUACUACUGAGAUAGAGCGGGAAAUGUGGAACAUUGUGGAGGCCUCCAGUGGGGCGGAGCUGGGUGAGACCAGCUAUGAGUUUCCUUCACCUGCUCCGGCUUCCCAGGGCAGCAGUGAGCGGAAUAGCAGCUCCACGGUGCCACCUGCUGCUCCAUCUGCAUCCCAAGUCAAGCCCUCACUUCCGUCCGCCUCGUAUGACAACCACAACUUUAGCUUUAGCCAGGAUGAAGAUGAUGACGACGAUGAUGAUGACCUGGAGUUCGAGGACGUCUUUGUGCCAGCCAGCUCAGUUGCCCAUCCCUCACAGCCUGGCAUAGAUCCUGUGGAGCUACGUCGCUCCUUGGCCUUGGUCAUGCGGGAGAAACUGCGCUCCGAUGACACCGAUUCCAGGCCAAUGGGCCACAUUCAGGAGCAUCCCGUUGAUGGCGAGUCCAGGGAUAGACCUCUGUCCAUUCAAACCUCGCCCACAAAUGGUCCACUUCCAGCGCUUCUGAGGGCCAAGCUGUUUGCUGGGAACUCCAAUAGUGCUCACUGCCUGCCAGGAUCCAUGGCAAGUCCUGCUGCUGCUGCCAAGGAAUCGGGUGUCUUUGUGAUCGACAGUGAGGCGAGUCCUGGCUCCAAUGGCCACAAGCCCAAGUACCGAAAGGGCACGGCUCUGACCAGGAGCUCACUGAAGAAGAGCAGGUCCUGCAACUGUAGUGCCCUGGCCAAAGGACGAGGGGUUCACGAGGAGCAGAGUGGUCAUCCCUGCCGGGAACAGGAUCAGAGGGAUCAGCACCAAAGUCAAGCGCCAGAGAACUUCUUCAGUCCCUUGAGAUCGGUGGGCAGCUUCAUGCAGCAUUCCAACCUGUUCCACUUCCUCCAGCCACAUGCCCCCCGUCCCACCUCAUCGACGGCCUCGUCCUCGGCCUCCACGCCCACCCCCUCGCCACCGCCCAUGGCGCAGGAGGAUUCGGUUCCAGUGGGCCUAACCACUUCCUCGCCAUCUCUGCUGGCGGCCAGUGCGGAAAGUUGACCUUCCUUGGAUCAAGUUCCUCUGGAGAAUCCACUGGCAAAGGAUCACCAGGAUGGGGAAGGGGCAAAGGGCGACCCCUGAGGAAAUACUCGCAAGUCAAAGCUUUUACCUUAAGUACUUCCCAACUCUCAUUAGCUCUCUCUCUCAAGCUCUCUGACUAAGUAACACGUUGUCAAAUUCUAGCGGAUCUAGAUCAAUUAGUUGGGUAGUAGACAGAUACAUUUAGAGACUAGAAGCUACGCGCAUUUAUUUUGAGUGUAUGGUCAAAUACGUCUCUAUGGAGUAGUUAAUUAUGUACAUAUGUUAAAUGUUGUUAGAGUAUAUUGAUGUGUAUAUGUCUGCUUAUGUAUACCUGAACGUCUGUGAAAACCAAGUUAAGCCAUACGACAUGAAUUUCAACGUUGAAGUUAAAUAAAGCGAUUAAAAAAGAAUACAAU